AUGCGUCAGCUCCAAUUUUCUUUCAGGCUGGUAUUCUUUAUGCAAGUUCUCGGUCUGUCCGCUGAAAAUGCUGGCUGGCUGGUACUCCAGAAAAAACUGGCUCUCGCUUUUGCCUCGCCUUUCAGCGCAUUCCUGGUGGAUAGAAUCAACAUCCCAUUUUUGUCGCGGAAAAUUGGGAGAAGAAAGUCUUGGCAUUUGGUCGGCACUGUGUUGAGCGUCAUUUUUAUGCCCAUGUUUUUUAGCUCAUGUUACGCUUGUCCGGACAAUGGUGAAGAGUGGCAAAAGAUCGUAAACCUUUCAAUACUUAAUGUGAUAUUGGCGCUUUCAGCCUGCUUACUGGAUAUUGGACACUUGACACUUAUACCGGUGAUUGCCAAAGAUCAAAUUGAAGCUGUAGAAUUGAGCGCGUUGAGGUUUGUUCUUCGCCCUCCUUAUAUUCAAUGUUCUAACCCCCUAUAUACAGAACUUUCACCUGGAUAACUCAAACCUGUUCAGUUCAGUUUACACAUUUGCAUUUGUAGUUCACCCAAGAAAUCCAUUGUGUCUUCUUUCUUGCAAUCAACAGCCAACACUGAAAUGACCUCACGGCCCUUGAGAUUACUUAUUGGACAAUACGGGUAACAUUUAUAUCAUUUUAUUUUGUUCUUGUAGGGUCACCUUUACGUUCUUAAGUGGAAUUGCUACCUACCUCGUGGCUUGGGUAAUUCUUGGACAAGAUUCCAGAGACAACCUCUCAACAGAAAGCUUGAUGGACUUCACGGUGAAAUAAUUCAUUCAAUUUUUAACCACCGUACCGCUUUUCAAUUAACUUGAGUUCUUUCCUUUUUAGACAAUGGCGGCAAUAUUGGUUGCAAUGGGUCUCAUAUCUUCAGUGAUUUUCCAUGUUGGAACUAAAGAGUUCUCAGGGGAAGGAAACAGGGACUCGGGGGGCAUCGUCACAGAAGAUCUGGUAAGAUGCUUCUAACAUGGAAAGCUAGUGAAGACAUCGUUUACUUUGCAAAAUGCCUUUGCAACUUUUAAUCUCUGCCUAUUGCGUAUUAUGCUAAUUUAUUCUUCGAAUGUUCAAUUUUCUUUUAUCUUUCUUGAACAGUCUCAUAUUCCUGCAAUGACUGCUUUGCAAGCAACACCCUUAAAAGAAACAGGUACACUCAGGGCUUUAAGAUACAGAUUAAUUGAAAGUAAUUAGAAUGAGAGGCACGCAAUUUGCCAUUUCCAAAUAUUUAGAAAUACUUGGUUUCAUAUAAUAGCGAGAUUCUUCCACUUUACGGUCAGACGAAAACCAUAUGUUUCCUGCAAUUGCUACUUCGUCACCUGAAUACAAUCCUGCUGGUUUCCUUCAAUUUUUAAAUCUCCUUUUUGUGUAAAGCUGGGAGUAAGUGGGAAGAAGGUGUCGGGGGGGGGGCGUUGGCGUGGCGGGUACAGCAAAAAGAGUGCAGGUGAUGUGGUACAUCAGUGAAGCUACACGAAAACUCCAACACCAUCCACUUACAGGAAAGGGCUGCUUAGUGUCUUUUCUCCCUUUUUUCUCCCUUUUUCCAGUUGAUUCUAAAAGUGUUAAAGAUACGGAUGGCGUCACCGGCACCGUACCAAAUGAUCGUAACGGUAACGGAGACGAAACCGAGGAAAAAUCUCGCCAAAACGAUUUCCAAUCUGGUUCUCCAUUGUCCUCUGGCGUGGAUAAGCCAGGUUUCCUUGACUCCUGUGAAACAGAAUCGGGAAGAUGUUAUCCAGACCAGGUUAAACUAGAACCAGUAGAAGUGAAUUUGAAUGACUCUCAGAGUGUAGGGGUGAAUUGCAAACCAUCCACUAACUCUGAUGACCCAGAAUCUCCUCGUUCAUCAACAUCUGCACCCACCAUGACCUUACGAACCUGGCUGAAAAACCCGCAUCUUUACAAGGUAUUUCUCCUUUGACUAAUCCUGAUACGUUCAAUAGAGUCCCACUAACUAUUUCGUCAAGAACAAUGCACUCAAACAGCUAACACUAAUUUCCUGAUUACAAUUUCGAAUUCGUACAGUCCAAGUGAAAAAUUGCUUUAGCGGGCUGUUUUUUUUAGAUGACUUUGUAAUUACCUUUGCUGUAUCGUCAAAAAACAUGGGUGUUUACCAUUUACACAAAACUGGGGGUGGAGCUAUUGUGCAUAAAAUUAAAACUAUAACAUUUGACCAGGUGGGAAAACGUUCCACUACAAAGUAUAUCCAAAUGAGCUGAACAGACUGAAAAGAUUUGAAAACUUGCAUCGCCUCAAAUCAAAGCCUAUAUUUCCUUAAGCUUCCCAAACGAAACGGCGCAAAACAUUUGAAAUGCAACCGUAAUUUCCAUUUUAUGCAUGUAAAUGGCAAGUUACCUUUGUGUUACAGUCCUCACCAACAUUACAACUUUUUACAAUUUUUCUAAAUUCCAUUGUUAUUAUCUUCAGGUGUCCGUCAUCUUUACCUGCACAUUUGUUUUGCGAAGCAUCUCUUACUCGUACUUGCCACUGUUUCUAACUUACAGAGCUCAUUUCGCAAAGGUAUAAAAAUGUAUUUAAAUAUUAUACAUAUGCAUACAAAAGAGUUUAAUUUAACUAAGUUAAACACAUUUUUUUGGAAGAGUCUUCCCGUAAGCAUUAGAUCUGCUUGUACAGUGAUAUCAAACAGAAACUGAAAACAUUUUUAUUCAGCAAGGCGUUUGGUUAGUACAAUUAGUUUAUACUUAGAUUUUUUAUAUAUAUAUUUUUUCUGCAAAUUACUUUUCUUAUAGCCAAUUGUAAAUAGUGUAGUUUUCGUCUUUGAUUCCAUAGUGAUUGUAAAUAGAUUCUUACUUUUGUAUUUAUCUUAAUGUUUGUGAUGCACAUUUGGUUAUUUUUAUGCAAAAUGCGCAAUAUAAAUAUUAAAUAUUAUUAUAUUAUUAUUAUUACUAUUAUUACUAUUAUUAUUAUUAAUAUCAGUUAUUAUUAUAAAUAGAUUUUUGAUAGUUUUUUUCUUAGUAAUGCUUAAUUUUCCUUUUCCCACUUUUAAAUUAAGGGUUUUUAAUUUGUAAACGAUACGAUGAUAGUUUAAAAUUGUAAAUAUUACUUAUUUUUCUGAUGUUUAAAUAAAGAUUUUUCAGUUAUUAUUAUUAUCAUUAGUAUUAUUAUUAUUACUACUACCAACAAUGCAGUGCGUAAGAAAGAAAAAUAUCUGAACUUGAUCAACGAAAUGAGUAGAAAUUACAGAUGUGUGAGAUUUGUAAAUCUCUCCAUGAGUUCCCUUGGCAUUUUCUCCGAUGAAUGCUCCACGUUCUUAGACAUGAUGAAUGACAUUGGCAUUGACAAAAAGCAGCAACGUUAUAUAAUCAAGAAAAUGAUAAAUAUAGCCAUUAGAGCAACAUAUUAUAUCUUUUGUUGUAGAAAUAGGAACUGGGAUAGCCCAGACUUAAUGCAAUUUUGAUAUAUUUUUUUUUCUGGAUUUUGUUUUGUUUUUUUUUUAUAAAUAAUCCAAUCUCAAGCAGCAUUUGUAAAUUGCCUAUACGUAGCGAGAUUUACAAUUGUACAUUCAAAAACACAAAUAAAGUUUCCAUUAUUAUUAUUUAUUCGCAACCAUAAAUCCUCUGCUAGUGUGCAAUAUUUGAAUUGCUUUCGGAAAAUGAAAAAUUAAUUGAGCUCGGAAAUUUUGGUGCGAAUAGCAAAAUGCACUAGUCUAGAACAUUAACCUAAAAACGAAAUUUUUAUCUACACCUUUACUUUAUUAGGAGUCCAUUGCAUAUCUACCACUUAUUUUGUUAAGCAGUUGA